AACCGGAUAGGUUGCCGCUUUGGGGGGGAACCUCGCCCCACAUACGCAGAGAGGCAAGUUCAAUGAUUAACGUCAAACUAAAAGCACACGUCGCCUCGGCGUUGACAACAACCUGCCGUUGCCAUGAUGACAGCGGUUGUCAUGACAACAGUCAACAGCUAACGCUGCUGGCGGCGUGUUGAAAUUUCAUAAGCAUUAGGAUACUGAAUCGCGCUAUGUAAUGGCAGACUGAAUGCUCUUUUGAGAAAGCCUCUCGGACGUGAAAUGUCAGAAUUCGAUUGUCGGUACACCCGGCGAAAAGCUGGAACGAUGUCAAUUUAUGAGUAUAUAAUCGCUGAAGACGACGACGACGAUUCAGCGACAGCAGAGUUCAGAGCAGCCGUGGACGGUAGGUGAUUGAGAGAUCGAGUUUGUGACUGUCACCCAUAAUGAAAAGUUAAGCCAGUGUGUAACACAUCAGCAGAAACCAUGUCGGCGAUCCAUCCACGCUGGAAAUCUUCCAAGUCCGACAAACAACGCACAGUACGUUCUUCGAGUGCCGCAUCUUUUCGAUCUCCUAAAAAGUCCAAUAAAGUUCAGCCCGCCUGGCAUAUCCCGCAGGAAAUUGAUAAACUGACUGUUGAGAAUCCUGAUGGAAGUGUCGGAGACGAUCUGAACAACACUGAAGAUGUUUUGGAGAAGACCGGACACGGAUUGGGAGGAAAAAAAGCAAAAGAAAGCGGUAAUGGAACCAAAGGAAGACGGGUCAACUCCGGGCGAGCAUUGACAGGGAAAAGAGCAAAAGAGAACUGUAAGGAAGCCAGAGAAAGAAACCUCCAACUCUGCAUGCCUCUUGUGCGUUGGAUGGUGCAUUUUAUGCUGUUGAUCCUGCUCGCCCAGCAGCUCCACUCUCAGUACCAGGUGUACCGUUCGCAACCAGUCACCACAACCAUCCAGCAAACGCUUGCUCCGUUCCCCAGAAUAACACUCUGUCCAGGCUCCAUGAUCACAGACACGAAAAUCCUCAGCGAUGCCGAAAAGGAUCUCAAGGAAGGUAAAAUCACACUGGAUGAGUUCUACAAUAGGACGACGUUGGAGAUCCUGGAAACUUACGAUAAUUCCGACAAUUACAUUCUCCUUCAUUCCAGCUCAACCUCCUAUUGGACAGUCAAGCGUCAAAAGUUUCCAGAGGCGAGCAAGCUUGGUCACUGGCAAACAAAGUACUACUUGACUAUAACAGAGGCAAGCGAUGAGCUCAACCCGACUCGCUGCUUGACGCUGCAGCCAAGUAAGCUUCUCAUGGAUAGCGCCAAUGAAAACAGCCAACUGGAGAUUCUCCUAAAGAUUCCGUCAGUGUUUAGCAGCGAAGAGGUGGCCUACCGCCUCUAUGUCCAUGACACUGAGGAACCAAACGUCGGCGAUCUCUUGGCUUCAGAGCUCGGAAGUGUCCAUCAGACGACCUCUGUCAACCUGCCCGCAAAGAAAGCUCUCUCCAUGCGACUCACCGCACGGCAGUUUAACCUCGCCAACGUUUGGCGUCGCCCGUGUCGGCAGGAGCCCGGCUACUCUGCCAUCCAGUGUCUGAAAGAGUGUCUGUGGCAUCGUCUGGCGGCCAACAUCUCCUGCCGGCUGCCGCACAUGGUCCACGCCAAGACGUAUCUUCCCGACAUGAGCGGACCCCUUGACCACCUGCCGCUUUGCACGCGGACUGUGCAGAUGAAAUCCAGUGAAGAGCGAAGUCACCAGUAUAUGCUAAGGCUCUGUAAGACAGUCGAAGAAGAAUGCGUGUGGUACGACGAAGCGUGGUAUAGACCGAGUAACCUGGAGCCGCAGGAGGACUCCUGGUUCGCAGGUUUCUUGGGGCUGAGAAAGCGUGAGGUAGAUCCCGCAACCAUGGAUAACACUACCGGCAACUCCGAAAACCCGACACCAAGUUCCAAAAAGCCAGCAAUAAACGCCAAGGACCGAGCAGCAGGCGCCAAGAACCCAGCAACAAGCGCCAAGAACCCAGCAACAAGCGCCAAGAAACCAAGGUCUCGCGCCAAGAGGUCAACAACUCAAACUAAAAAGCCAACAUCCCGCACUAAAAAGACAAACCGGCGUACACCAAACACCCAGAGAAAGUUCGCCAGACUGGACGACGGAGUCCCAACGCGCUGCCCUCGCCCAGAGGAAUUCCACUACAUGCUCGAAGACAGCCUCCUCACGAAGACGCACGGCUGCGACUGUCCUCCGGCCUGCCACCAGACUUCCUACCACCUCUCCGACUGGUCGCUAGCCUCUAGCAACACUAUCGUUCCUGACAACUACGGUACUCAGCUCAACUCAGAUCAAGACUGCCAAACGAAACUUACCCUGGCGAUCGACCUCAGUGCGGAUGAAGUCAAUGAAGAUAUCGUGUUCACGCUCCCGACGCUGCUGGCCAACGUUGGUGGAACGGUUGGGAUUGUGACGGGCUAUUCUUUGUUCACUCUUGCUGAAGUUGUGGAGAAUCUGGUGUGGAGGCUUGGAAGGAAAUGAGAGGUCAGCGAUACAGCUGCGGGUCGAUCCAGCUUGUUGUCCUGGCUGUCUUUGCCAUAUCAAAUCACGUCGUACUUGUGACGUGCCUUUGUCUUGUGUUUGUCGCCUCCAGAAUCGUGCAUUUGAAAUCCCUUUGUCGUCCCCGUCAUGUGUCUUUGUUGUUUCUUCGACAUAUAUUUGUUGUGCCUU